CUUGACCUCUGAAGUGAAAGUAGAAAAAAGUUAGGCGGAACCAGCUUUAAUUCCCUUAACAUCUAACAUGGAUGAAGAUGGGCUUCCAUUGGUUGGGCCUGGUGUUGAUUAUACGCAGGUUGAGGCUAUAAACCAGAAGCGGAUUAUUGCAUUUGUUAACCAUUUUGUGAGCCACACAGCAGGAUUCCUAAACCGUUUCUCGUGUGUUUGUGAGGAGAAGCUUGAACAGCUCUCACACAGAAUGCAGCAACUUGACAUCACAAUGAGUUUACUUGAGGCAAAGAUAAAUUCUAUCCCUGGCAUGGAGAAUGUUACAGCUCCCAGUGGAAGUACCCCAGCCCAGAGCCAGCCUGGCGAUGGAGGGGCAGCCCCUCCUCCUAGUGCUACACCCCAGGCCCCUCCCCCACCUGGUGCAGAGGCAGCACCACCACCUCCUCCAGGAGCUGAAGCUCCUCCCCCUCCCCCAGAGGAGCCUGCCCCUGCUGCUAAUCCUGUAUCCAAGGACCCUAGAUAUAUAAAGUUCUUCAAAAUGAUACAAUUUGGAGUUCCUGAGACUGCAGUUAAGGGGAAAAUGGCUGCUGAAGGAUUGAACCCAGACCUUCUAGACACACCCGAUGCCCCUGCGCCUGCAGGUGGUGCCAGUAAAAAUGACGACUUCAGCUCAGAUGAGGACAACCAAUCAGACGAUAGCAGUGACUUUGACUAAAUCAUAACUGUUAUCACAGAUCUAUAAACCAGUUUAUAGGUCUGUGCUGUGAUAAAGAACAACACUGUUCAGUUAGUGAGUUGUUCAGUUGUGAAGACCUUUGUGAUGAUAAUCGGAAAUUACCGGUAAAUUUUGUAAGGAGAUCUUAUUACAAAAAUUGCUGACUGCUGAAGGUUUGAUGGGGUAGGUGCAAUAUAGGAAACCUCAAAAAUGUUCAUAAGCAAGCAAAAACCAUAAUUAUAUGUAUGUUAUUAGUUAUGUAUGUGAAAGUUAUCAUAAAAAUGCAAAAUGAUACUAUAUGGUGAACAAGAGAUAUUUUAUUGUUGUUAUAUCGGAAAUAAACAUUCCAUCAUAACCUUA